AUGCGCCUUGUGCAGAGCCAGCUUACGCGCACACGCCCUGCGUUAGCCAUGGCCCUGCGCGCUGCAAAUUCCAACAUGUUAAGAUCAAAAGCCUCAGAUGUUAGGGUGGAGGCCGUCACUAGUAGGGUGGAGGCCAUUGCUACUAGUAGCAAUGGUCUCCAACCUACUAGCAGCUUGCUAGCAAUGGCCUCCAACCUAGAUGUCAUCCCAGGAUCGAUGAUCCCACUUUGGUACACGCCCAAAUUGGAAAACUCGCAAGUCAACUCAUUGCGAUUGCGCUUGAGGUGUUUGUAUGCCCAUUUUGUUUGCUCUUGUUGCUGUCUUGCUGUCUUGAGAGGUGCCGUGGCUCCAGAGUGGAGACUGAUUUUUGCGUUCUGA